UUCGAAGGUGGACAUGCUGCCUGGGUCGCGUAUGACAUCUGAUGCCUAUUAGGGUAGAUGCGGUGGAACGUGAUGAACGCGCAAAGCGCAGAGUGUGAUGCGUGACGGUGGUCACUUGCGCUGGCUCACGUUAGAAAUCAGCAGCAGUUGUGCCACCACUUUCUGCUUCGCGAGUGCGCUUCUAGCCGCAAGCCGACAGAGGCUGCAGGGUAACUCCGUCCAAAGGCCGACCCUGAACGGCUAUUGGCGUGUCGGUGCCGGUGUACUUAUCGAUGAAAACUGGGAUGUUGUUCCGCGUAGAGGACUGUCGUCGGAGUUGUGGUCGAGGACGCGCUGGGGGUGCUGGAGGUACGGAUUAUGUGUGCUGAGCUCAGUAUACAAUAUCCCUGCGUAGACUUCAGACGAACUGCAUUCGGGCGUGGAUGACUCCGGCGACAGGCACGAGCCUCACCUCUGUUUUGGCGGGACGCUGAGUUCCGGGCCGUUGGUCGGGAGAGGGUGGCACGCUGUGGCUUGAACUCUGAAGUGCCCUGGCUCGAUUUAGUGGUGCAACAGAAACAGUAACUCUGUAGACGUUGUUGUAUAGCUGCAGUCGAAAAAGUUGAGUGGUGUAACAUCUUG